UUCCGGUGGGUGUUAGAGUGGGUUGGAAAUAUGUAUUUGCGCAGAGUCGAGGAAAAAGGAAUUGACACAAAAACAAAUUGAAUAAUAAAAACCGGAAAAGGCCAGAAGUGACUGAACCGGAAGAGCGAAGAAAAUCGAAUCUACAGAAUGUGCGACCAGCAUCCGGAGGAGCUUUGGCUCUAGGGCCUGCCUGCUGUUCGUUCCGCUGGCAGUUGCAGUCAUGUAGAUGUCAUGUAGGUGUCUACACCCAUGCAGGAGCACCGUACCGUACACCCAUACACACACACAAACACACCGAGAGAGAGAGAGAGAGAGAUACCAUAAAUAGUGAAUCGCGUAGAGUAGCAACAACCGCACAACCUGUAGCCAGCAAGUCCGAGAAUGAAGGUGCUGCGCCUGCGAAUGGCCAAGCUGAUGCUGCUGGGCGUCCUGGUGGUCAAUCUGAUAUUCCUGUACUACACCUGGAACACGCUGCUGUGGCGCCGCAUAAGCCGGGUGCUGGCUGGUGGCGACGAGAUGGAGGCUAAGGCACCCAAGCUGACGCCCAAGGAGAAGGUGCGCAACGCCAACAAGCACAUAAGGAAGAGCAUCACCAUCGUGUUCUACGGCCACUACAACUUUGAGCAGGAUCUGCGGGCGAGCAUCGACAGCAUACUGGACGUUAUACCCAAUAUGCCCAUACUGGUGCUGCAGGAGGGCGGCACCGAGUACGCCUAUCCGCCGGUCAACUACGAGCGAAAUCUCACAGCUGGCGAGGAGCAGACUGUGACCUUCCUGAGCCUGGCCUUCGAUGUGCGACGCACGCGACCAGAACUCGAUCCGCUGGCCGCCAUUCGCACCAAGUACGCCCUCCUCAUGCCGGACAGUGUGCGGCUAAACAGCAAGAAUCUGCUGCAGAAGAUUCUGCGCGAGAUCAACACGAUAGGCGUGGCCGGGGCACAGGCACAGGCACAGGCAAAGCCCAAGGAGCAGCGACUGGCCGUUCCGCCCGAGGAGACGGUGCGUCGCAUGGUGCUGGUUCCGUUUGCGGGAAAUCUAAAGUCCUACAGCAGCUGCGCUCGGAUGAGAAUGGAUCUGCCCAACUGGACGCUGGAGAUAGUGGCAACCAAUGACAGUCGACGCUGCGAUUUGUUUCUGCAAAAGCACGCGAUCCUGUUGGAUGUGGCCGCUCUGGCGGCAAUGCCCGAACCCUUCUCCCUGCCCUUCCCAGAGAUGUUGUACAUGCAGGCAAAGAUUGCCAAUUUAUCGACCACCGUAUUCCCACAUGCCUUCCAAGAGGGGCGGCGUAUUUUCUCCUCGUUCCACACCAAGCAGCGACGCAUAGAUCUGCGCCGGCGCCAGUUCCGUGAGAUGUACAAGCGGCUGCAGAUCAAGAGGGUCGUGCGAAGGGCGUACACGGUUCUCGGCAAGCCCCCGGCCAGGGAGAACAACUGGCAGCUGCACAUGGGCGUGCUGGAUGCCCAGUUCUCCAGCUCAAAUCAGUCGCUGCCGCUGGUCACGGACAUCGAUCUCUUCGGGUGCGAGCGCACCACAAAGUCCUGCAUCGGCACCGUCUACAACAACCGGCCGUUCUACUCCUAUCUGGACAAGCACACGCCACCCUGCUGCCUGGACAAGCUGCACACCACCUUCAACCAUGUGCUCGAGGAGUUCGAGAAUGUGGGCAUCCGCUACUGGCUGGACAACAAUGCGCUGAAGAGCGCCGUGGAGACCAAUGCCAUCUCACCAGACGCCUACGACAUUGACAUCAGCUUCAACGUGCAGGACCUGGAGCGCUCCAACGCAAUGAAGAAGUCACAGAGCAAGCCGUAUGUGGAUAACGAGGGCUUCUACUGGAUCAAGGCCACCGACGGACACUACUUUCGCGUGCAAUUCUCGAAGCCCAACCAGGUGGGCGUCAAUCUGCUGCCCUACGAGAUCAAGGGCGCCGAGGUGCGGGCCAGCGGCUUCUUUGGCUGGAAGGCAAGCACCUUUGCGGCCGACUUCCUGCAUCCCAUGUCCACGGUGCUGUUUCUCGGCAAGAGUGUCAUGUGUCCCAACAAUGUGCUCGAGUAUCUGGAGGCGAAGCACAUCAAAGUUCAGUCCCAAGACAUGCCCAUGGACGAUUAGAGGGACGAUCUGUGCAGUCUAGUCUAGUCUAGUCUAGUCUAGUUACAAUUUAGUUGAGGCUUAGCCGGCUGAGGGCCGACAGGAUUUGAUUAACAUUUAGUUUCCAGUUUUAUUCUUAAAGAUUUAAAUCUUAGCCCCCCCCGCCCCCGCCACCCAUUACGCGACUAUUGUGCAAUUUUGUGAUCUUUUGUAUUGUUUCAGAGUUCCUUUUGAGAUUUGGGUUGAUAGCUAAUUUUCGUAUACUAGUACUUAGAACAUACAACUAACUUAAGUCGUUCGUACUACGAAUAUUUUAAAACCAAAAAAUGCUCUCUAAAUAUUUUAAAGUGAAAUAAUAUACAAUCAGACGCGCGCUCGGAUCCGUUACUCGGGCAGCG